AUGAAGGGUUUCGGUGUUGCUACAGCCAUCGCGGCUGCGAGCAUGCUCGUCUCCAAGGUCGCUGCCGAUGUCGACCCUAUUGUCAUCAAGGGCUCCAAGUUCUUCUACAAGACCAAUGGCACCCAAUUCUUCAUGCGCGGUGUCGCAUACCAAGAGGAUGUGUCCAACAGCACCGACUCCUCUUACACCGACCCUCUGGCCGACGCAUCCGUCUGCUCGCGCGAUAUUCCUUACCUCACUGCUCUGCGCACAAACACUAUCCGUGUCUACGCCAUUGACCCCACCAAGAACCACGACGACUGCAUGAAUAUGCUCGCAGAUGCUGGCAUCUACGUCGUGUCUGAUCUUUCCGCCCCCGAUCAGUCCAUCAACCGUAACGACCCUGCCUGGAACGACAACCUGUACGAGCGUUACGUCUCGGUCGUCGAUGCUCUUGCUCCCUACUCCAACACCCUCGGUUUCUUCGCCGGUAACGAGGUCUCCAACUCCAAGAACACCACCGAGGCCAGCGCCUUCGUCAAGGCUGCUGUCCGUGACACCAAGGCCUACAUCAAGAGCAAGAACUACAGACCCAUGGGUGUCGGUUACGCUACCUCGGACGACUCGGAUAUCCGUGUCAACAUGGCCGACUACUUCGACUGCAGCUCUGACAGCGCUCUCAACAUUGACUUCUGGGGAUACAACGUCUACUCUUGGUGCGACCCUUCCACCUACCAGACCUCUGGUUACGCUGCUCGUACUGAAGAGUUCUCGACCUACAACGUUCCCGUCUUCUUCGCCGAGUACGGCUGCAAUGCUCACCGUCCUCGUACCUGGGGUGAGGUUGCUGCUCUCUACGGUGAUAACAUGACCGAAGUCUGGUCUGGUGGUAUCGUCUACAUGUACUUCGAGACCGAGAACGAGUACGGUCUCGUCUCUGUCACCAACAACCAGGUCAGCACACUUGGAGAUUACUCCAACCUCUCCAAGGCCAUGGCCACCGUCUCCCCAUCGGGCGUCAACAGUGCAUCUUACUCCCCCACCAACACCAUCGCCUCUUGUCCUGCAACCGGUACCGCCUGGGCCGCCGUUGCCAGUCCUCUACCCCGACCGCCCAACAAGGAACUCUGCCAGUGCAUGUUCAACUCUUUGAGCUGCACCGUCAAGGGAAGCGUCGAUGCUGAGAACUACGGCGACAUGUUCGGCUAUGUCUGUGGUGCUGACCCCGGUGCUUGCGCCGGUAUCCAACACAAUGCUACCACUGGCACUUACGGUGCUUACAGCAUGUGCAACUCCACCGAGCAGCUUGGUUUCGUCCUUGACCAGUACUACUCUGCCCAACCUUCUGCCCAGCGCGCCAGCGCCUGUGGCUUCAGUGGUUCCGCUACUCUCAAGUCUGGAGUUAAGCCUACUGGUGUCUGCUCUUCCCUCAUGGCCCAGGCCGGUGUCUCUGGUAAGGGAACUGUCACUGCCUCUCCCACCACCGGCUCUGGUGCCGGUGCUACUGGUGGAUCUGGUUCCGGUGGUUCUAGCAGCAAGGCAUCUGGCUCCGGCUCCAAGGGUGCUGCUGCUGCCAUGUCUGUUCAGUCCGUCCAGGUCGGUCCUUACACCGUUGGACUUUCUGCUUUCAUUGCCAUCUUCUCUGGCGCUGCUGCCCUUCUUCUGUAA